CCGCUGUGGUCCCCUUGUGGACUGCACGAGCCACCGUCCGCACAGCCCCGCCCCGCACGGCCAGGCGAAGCGGAGCCGGCCGUGCGGUGUGUGUGUAUGUGGUCGCGGGGCGCCGUCUCAGCCCCGGGAAGAUGGUGGCUGCAGCGGCGGCGACUGAGGCAAGGCUGAGGAGGAGGACGGCAGCGACGGCAGCGCUCGCGGGCAGGAGCGGCGGGCCGCACCGGGACUGGGACGUGACCAGGGCUGGGAGGCCGGGGCUGGGGGCCGGGCUGCGCCUCCCGCGGCUGCUGUCUCAGCCGCUGCGGCCACGGCUGCUGCUGCUGCUGUUGUUGCUCUCGCCGCCGCUGCUGCUGCUGCUGCCCUGCGAGGCCGAGGCCGCGGCGGCGGCGGCGGCGGUGUCGGGCUCAGCCGCAGCCGAGGCCAAGGAAUGUGACCGGCCCUGUGUCAACGGCGGUCGCUGCAACCCUGGCACCGGCCAGUGCGUCUGCCCCGCGGGCUGGGUGGGCGAGCAAUGCCAGCACUGCGGGGGCCGCUUCAGACUAACUGGAUCUUCUGGGUUUGUAACAGAUGGACCUGGAAAUUAUAAAUAUAAAACGAAGUGCACAUGGCUCAUUGAAGGACAGCCAAAUAGAAUAAUGAGACUUCGUUUCAAUCAUUUUGCUACAGAGUGUAGUUGGGACCAUUUAUACGUUUAUGAUGGGGACUCAAUUUAUGCACCACUGGUUGCUGCAUUUAGUGGCCUCAUUGUUCCUGAGAGAGAUGGCAAUGAGACUGUCCCUGAGGUUGUUGCCACAUCAGGUUAUGCCCUGCUGCAUUUUUUUAGUGAUGCUGCUUAUAAUUUGACUGGAUUUAAUAUUACUUACAGUUUUGAUAUGUGUCCAAAUAACUGCUCAGGCCGAGGAGAGUGUAAGAUCAGUAAUAGCAGCAAUACUGUUGAAUGUGAAUGUUCUGAAAACUGGAAAGGUGAAGCAUGUGACAUUCCUCACUGUACCGACAACUGUGGUUUUCCUCAUCGAGGCAUCUGCAAUUCAAGUGAUGUCAGAGGAUGCUCCUGCUUCUCAGACUGGCAGGGUCCUGGAUGUUCAGUUCCUGUACCAGCUAACCAGUCAUUUUGGACUCGAGAGGAAUAUUCUAACUUAAAGCUCCCCAGAGCAUCUCAUAAAGCUGUGGUCAACGGAAACAUUAUGUGGGUUGUUGGAGGAUAUAUGUUCAACCACUCAGAUUAUAACAUGGUUCUAGCGUAUGACCUUGCUUCUAGGGAGUGGCUUCCACUAAACCGUUCUGUGAACAGUGUGGUUGUUAGAUAUGGUCAUUCUUUGGCAUUAUACAAGGAUAAAAUUUACAUGUAUGGAGGAAAAAUUGAUUCAACUGGGAAUGUGACCAAUGAGUUGAGAGUUUUUCACAUUCAUAAUGAGUCAUGGGUGUUGUUGACCCCUAAGGCAAAGGAGCAGUAUGCAGUGGUUGGACACUCUGCACACAUUGUUACACUGAAGAAUGGCCGAGUGGUCAUGCUGGUCAUCUUUGGUCACUGCCCUCUCUAUGGAUAUAUAAGCAAUGUGCAGGAAUAUGAUUUGGAUAAGAACACGUGGAGUAUAUUACACACCCAGGGUGCCCUUGUGCAAGGGGGUUACGGCCAUAGCAGUGUUUACGACCACAGGACCAGGGCCCUAUACGUUCAUGGUGGCUACAAGGCUUUCAGUGCCAAUAAGUACCGGCUUGCAGAUGAUCUCUACCGAUAUGAUGUGGAUACCCAGAUGUGGACCAUUCUUAAGGACAGCCGAUUUUUCCGUUACUUGCACACAGCUGUGAUAGUGAGUGGAACCAUGCUGGUGUUUGGAGGAAACACACACAAUGACACAUCUAUGAGCCAUGGUGCCAAAUGCUUCUCUUCAGAUUUCAUGGCCUAUGACAUUGCCUGUGACCGCUGGUCAGUGCUUCCCAGACCUGAUCUCCACCAUGAUGUCAACAGAUUUGGCCAUUCAGCAGUCUUACACAACAGCACCAUGUAUGUGUUCGGUGGUUUCAAUAGUCUCCUCCUCAGUGACAUCCUGGUAUUCACCUCGGAACAGUGUGAUGCGCAUCGGAGUGAAGCCACUUGUUUAGCAGCAGGACCUGGUAUCCGGUGUGUGUGGGACACAGGGUCGUCUCAGUGUAUCUCGUGGGCGCUGGCAACUGAUGAACAAGAAGAAAAGUUAAAAUCAGAAUGUUUUUCCAAAAGAACUCUUGACCAUGACAGAUGUGACCAGCACACAGAUUGUUACAGCUGCACAGCCAACACCAAUGACUGCCACUGGUGCAAUGACCAUUGUGUCCCCAGGAACCACAGCUGCUCGGAAGGCCAGAUCUCCAUUUUUAGGUAUGAGAAUUGCCCCAAGGAUAACCCCAUGUACUACUGUAACAAGAAGACCAGCUGCAGGAGCUGUGCCCUGGACCAGAACUGCCAGUGGGAGCCCCGGAAUCAGGAGUGCAUUGCCCUGCCCGAAAAUAUCUGUGGCAUUGGCUGGCAUUUGGUUGGAAACUCAUGUUUGAAAAUUACUACUGCCAAGGAGAAUUAUGACAAUGCUAAAUUGUUCUGUAGGAACCACAAUGCCCUUUUGGCUUCUCUUACAACUCAGAAGAAGGUAGAAUUUGUCCUUAAGCAGCUGCGAAUAAUGCAGUCAUCUCAGAGCAUGUCCAAGCUCACCUUAACCCCAUGGGUCGGCCUUCGGAAGAUCAAUGUGUCCUACUGGUGCUGGGAAGAUAUGUCCCCAUUUACAAAUAGUUUACUACAGUGGAUGCCAUCUGAGCCCAGUGAUGCUGGAUUCUGUGGAAUUUUAUCAGAACCCAGUACUCGGGGACUGAAGGCUGCAACCUGCAUCAACCCACUCAAUGGUAGCGUCUGUGAAAGGCCUGCAAACCACAGUGCCAAGCAGUGCCGGACACCAUGUGCCUUGAGGACAGCAUGUGGAGAUUGCACCAGCGGCAGCUCUGAGUGCAUGUGGUGCAGCAACAUGAAGCAGUGUGUGGACUCCAAUGCCUACGUGGCCUCCUUCCCUUUCGGCCAGUGUAUGGAAUGGUAUACAAUGAGCACCUGCCCCCCUGAAAAUUGUUCAGGCUACUGUACCUGUAGUCAUUGCUUGGAGCAACCAGGCUGUGGCUGGUGUACUGAUCCCAGCAAUACUGGCAAAGGGAAAUGCAUAGAGGGUUCCUUUAAAGGACCAGUGAAGAUGCCUUCGCAAGCCCCUACAGGAAAUUUCUAUCCACAGCCCCUGCUCAAUUCCAGCAUGUGUCUAGAGGACAGCAGAUACAACUGGUCUUUCAUUCACUGUCCAGCUUGCCAAUGCAACGGCCACAGUAAAUGCAUCAAUCAGAGCAUCUGUGAGAAGUGUGAGAACCUGACCACAGGCAAGCACUGCGAGACCUGCAUAUCUGGCUUCUACGGUGAUCCCACCAAUGGAGGGAAAUGUCAGCCAUGCAAGUGCAAUGGGCACGCAUCUCUGUGCAACACCAACACGGGCAAGUGCUUCUGCACCACCAAGGGCGUCAAGGGGGACGAGUGCCAGCUAUGUGAGGUAGAAAAUCGAUACCAAGGAAACCCUCUCAAAGGAACAUGUUAUUAUACUCUUCUUAUUGACUAUCAGUUCACCUUUAGUCUAUCCCAGGAAGAUGACCGCUAUUACACAGCUAUCAAUUUUGUGGCUACUCCUGAUGAACAAAACAGGGAUUUGGACAUGUUCAUCAAUGCCUCCAAGAAUUUCAACCUCAACAUCACCUGGGCUGCCAGUUUCUCAGCUGGAACCCAGGCUGGAGAAGAGAUGCCUGUUGUUUCAAAAACCAACAUUAAGGAGUACAAAGAUAGUUUCUCUAAUGAGAAGUUUGAUUUUCGCAACCACCCAAAUAUCACUUUCUUUGUUUAUGUCAGUAAUUUCACCUGGCCCAUCAAAAUUCAGGUGCAAAUUGGACAAUGAGGACACAUGGACUCAGGAAGGGGAACAUCACACACCGGAGCCUGUUGUGGAGUGGGGGGAGGGGGAAGGGAUAGCAUUAGGAGAUAUACCUGAUGUUAAAUGACAAGUUAAUGGGUGCAGCACACCAACAUAGCACACGUAUACAUAUGUAACAAACCUGCACGUUGUGCACAUGUACCCUAAAACUUAAAGUAUAAUUAAAAAAAAAAAAAGAAAAAUGUAUUAUUCCUUCAUCUCGAAAGUCCCCUCUCCUGCUUUUCAGCUUUGGCUUUAGUUGUCUCUUGUCAGCUCUUUAAUGCUAUUGUUCCCUUGGGUUUCAUCUGGACUCUUUUUCCCUGGGUAAUCUCAUCCACACCAUCUGGGAACAUUGCCUGUGGCUGGACGGGUAAAUCUUUGUCUCUAGCAGACUUCUCCCCUGUGAUCUCCAGAGCCGGGAACCCACUAGACUUCCUUAAAAUUCAUUCAGCCAGCAGACUUUCUGGCCCGGAGCAGCAGCUGUGAGUGGACAGCAGGCACCUCCGUUAGGAGCUCAGUGUUGGAGGUGUGCCCAUGCAUUCCUGGGAGCCGUGAGAGGGGAGGGGAGUGCCCUGUGUCACCUGAAUCCAAGUUAAGAGAGACCACACCAGAGCUGAUUCCUAAGGAGCAUGGGGGCGGGGGGAAGGGGGUGUUCGUGGUGGGGAAAGGGAAUGACCAGCCCUUUCAGGAACUACCAGGAGUUUAGCAGAGCUGGUGACAGUGCUGUGAGCAAGAAGGUGGAGAGCUGGGGAGGGCCAUUAUGAAGAGACUGGAGAUUGUGGGCUGUGAACUGGAGUCCUGAUGUGACUGGGAAUCGUUGAGAUGUUUUAAGCCGAAAAGUCACCGACGAUCAGUGUUUAAAAAGACCCCACUGGCAGCAGUUGGGAGUGUGGUUUGGAAGGAGCCAGGCCUAAGUCGGGGAGUCCAGGUGGAAUUCUUGUGUAGAAACCCAGGGAAGGAGACCAUCUGACGACACACAUCCCAUAGCAACUUCCUUUCCUCCUCUGCACCUCCACAGCGGAGUGUCUGUUUUCACCAUACGAAGAUUCCUUAAUGGCAAGGAUCGUAUUUUAUCCCUCAGUGUCCUCAGUGUCAUGUGCUAAUCGGUUGGAGACACUCCCUAAAUGUAUGCCAGAUGAGUAUAUAGUUGUUAGUACAAGGGCUUUACGGUAGGUAUCAGAACUUUUUCUUUUUUACAACUUUUAUAACGUUUAUAAAGGAGCCAACACCUUUUUCUGAUAUUGUCAGAACAAUUGCUGACCAGUGCUAUGGGCUGGCUGAGGUUGGCAACCAAGAAUCUGUUAUCUCAGUCUACGCGGUGUGGAGUUUGAAGAUUGGAUUGUUCUUGGUUAGAUUUUGUCCAGAGAGUUAGCAGAUAGAAGAAAAGGGAGGGCUGAGGACAUAAACAUCCAAAUUUUACAAAGAAGAAAGUUCAGUGCUCCUGUCUAUAUUGAAAUAGUUAAGAGGGAAAUGAUUGGAGGUCUGGGGUAUGCUUCAAAAUAAUAUGAUCAUAGGGAAAGUAAGUGUAGUGUGGAUGAAACAAGGUUGGCCUUGAGCUGAUAAUUUACUAAAGCAGGAUGAUGAGCACGUGAGGUUCAUUAUAGUGCUCUUUCUAAUUUUUAAAAAGUUUAAGAUUUUCCAAAAUGAAAAAGAAGCUGGGCAUGGUAGCUCAUCCCUGUAAUCCCAGCACUUUGAGAGCCUGAGAUGGAAGGAUCACUUGAACCCAGGAGUUCGAGACCAGCCUGGGCAAUAUAGUGAGACCCCCAUCCCUACUAAAAAAGAAAAAAAUUACACAAUGAAAAGAAUUAUACAGGUGGUAGAAGAAGAAAUAAAGGUAUGAGUAUAUGAUUUGGCCUCCUAAAGACAGCUACAGGAGCAUGCCUCUGCAGGGCGGGCCUGCAGCAUAGUGCACCCUGGAGCUGAAGUUCUGUUCACCUUUACAGGAAGUACACAGCAUUGUACGGGGGUUUUACCAGUUACCAGUGGGCAGUCUCUAGAACACUCAGGGGUCGGGGCAAAACUCCCUCUCCCUCAUACCAGCCCACCUGUCUUGGUGAGAAUGGAAAACGGAGCUUCCCAGCAAGCCUCCUGCCUUCACCCUCAUGCACAGGUGCAUCAGGGUCUGAGGGCUCCUCCCUGUGGGGCCUGGGAAGCUGCCCUUCAGUGGGCUAUGGCUGCAUUAUCUUCUGAUCUUGUAGCUGUGUGUGGGUAACAAGCACAUCGUCUCCCCAUAUCCCAGAGAGUUAUGUCCAUUUCCUGUCUGUGGUGGCAUCUUUCCAUCACUGUCAUCCUGAGGAUAAUGGCACAGGAACUAACAGAGGCACUAAGAGCAGUGAUAUAUACUGGAGGGAGGGGCGGGGCUGAUGACCAAAAUCACCUUCUGUUUCAGUAAGAAGUUGGUUAAAGUGAUGCCUAAAAUGGAUAGAUCAGGAAAUAACAAUAAAAACAUUAAUGAUAAAAAGGCAACUCCCAGAAGAACUGAAAAGUAACCUAGUUCAAGGUGGGGGCCCCUGGAGAGAAGCCUUCAGAAGAGCAGAGGAAGAGCAGGGAACAUUGCUUUUCAUGACUUGCCUUUCAGUACCUUUUGAUAUUUCAGCUAAUUAUGUAGUUCUCUAAUGAUUUCUAAAUUGUUAAUGAGUGUGGUAGAAUAGGAAUUCUGGAGAAUGGUAAAAAGGAAUUGCUAGGAGAAAAUUAGGGAAAGAAAGCACAGAGCAAUAUUGAGGUGGGAGGUUGGGAGCAGACAGAUGGUGAGUGUUCGUUUGCAUGGCAGGAAUGAGUGGCUGAAUGGUAUUAACUGGCCGUGGGGCUCUGACCAGAGCUUGGGUAUACAGUUUCUGUGCCAGCACAAACCAGCAUUAGGUGCGUGGUGUGUGAGGCCAGGUGAUGGUCAUGUGGAUCUGGUCCAGAGCUGUGGUCUUGAAAUAGAGUUCCAUGUAUGAACUUUGGUGGUGGUUGUUUUGUUUCGUUUUUUAAGAAAAAAGAAAGAGUUGUUUUAUGUCACAGCAAAACUCAAGGAGGUGACAGCACAAGACCCAGGUUAGAAUAUACUCAGCCAGGGCUCACAGAAUCUUCCAUCCUUUGCAAAGCCAAGGCCUGAGUAGAAAGGCUGUUGGCUUACGGGGCUAAGCUCUUAUGGAGGAAUCAGUCCUCUUCUGGCUUCCGGCUUUGCAGUGUCCAGAAAGGAAAGAUCGGCAUGGUCAGACCAGGAGCCCCGUGGCAGCCAUGGGCACUUAGGCUCUCUCUGGUUCUGAUGUGAGAGGUGGACAUUCAUGAGGUCUUCAGUGUCUGCAGACACUGGCCUCAAGGAGAGUAGAGGAGCACAUGGGCUCCUUCUGGGCUGGGCUCUCACCCUUGGUGGAGCCACUGGUCCCAGGGGGCCAUGGGAGCCUGCAGAGAUUCUGCCCAGUACAUACAUCCCUUGUGUUUUCUCAGAGCCUGACAGGUGCUGCCUUGAAGCGGAAAGACUUCACCUCUCAGGGUGGCCAGCUGUCCUUUCUCUUCCUCUCCCUGUCUUGCGUGCUCGUGAUAAUGGAUAGACAGACAUCUCCAUGGUAGAAAUAAUGCAGCCCUUUCUGCCAGUCCAUGGUUCCACAGCAUAUGGUCAGUAGACUUAGAUGAGUGCUACAUAAAGUGUAAUUAGUUCUGCACCACAGUGUCUUACCUUCUGAAAAGGAAACUCUGGUAUUGACUUAGAAAUGCCAGUUUUAUCCUUCCGACCAGAACCCAAGUCCUGAAUGAGGCCAGAGGCAAAUGAGAGGUCCUUUCUUCUCUCUUUUCAAAUCUACUGUAUUAAACAGUGAUUUUUCCUAGUCAUUCAGUAUUCAUUCAUUCAUCCAUUUAUUCAAGCUUUUGAGUACAUUCUUUGUGGAUGGCACAUAGUAGAUGCAAAAAUACAAUCAUUUUUAAAAUGGAAAGCAUUUGUUGUGUGGUAGUGGAAUAUAAGCAAUGCCAUGCUUCCAUAUUUUUAUGGUAAUCUUGGACUCAGGUUCUACCCACCAUACUUAAUUAGAAAUUCAUUCUCAGCCUCUGUUUUGGCAGAGACCCAUUCUCUUCCCUCAGGAACAUACAGAAACCUCAGGGCUGAACUGAGCUCAGAGGUUGGGGAAGGCCCCCUGGUCUGAUCUUCAGUCACUGACUGCUGCGCCCGAUUCCCUGGCCCCUCAUUCUUGAGGGCAGCAUCCUCUUGUGUGUCACAGGCUUGGACAUAGAAUGACACUUAAGCACCAGAGCCUCCCUAGCCUGCCACAAGGACACCCUACAUUCCGAGGCACUUUCAGAAUGCGAAACCUCCCCUCCAUUCCCUCCCUUUCCCUGCCUCCGGGUUUGGGCCCUGCCUCUCCUUUUGUUUCAAAGCACUGUCCUCUCUUCCUCUACCCUUAUCAUUCCCCAUCUCCCUCCCACUCCCCAAAAGAGCCAAACUAAUUAUGGGGCUUUAACCUUCCAAGUAAAGGCGAGGAUUUUUUUUUUCAAUGCAGUUCCUGAAAUGCUAAAGAAGUUGUCCAGGGAAAGGAGCACAGGAGGAGUUUUGUUUUGUUUUGUUUUGUUUUGUUUUGUUUUGUUUUGUUUUGUUUUGUUUUGAGACAGUCUCGCUCUGUCGCCCAGGCUGGAGUGCAGUGGUGCGAUCUUGGCUUACCGCAACCUCUCCACCUCCUGGGUUUGAGCAAUUCUUGUGCCUCAGCCCCCCAAGUAGCUGGGAUCACAGGUGCACACCACCAUGCCAGCUAAUUUUUGUAUUUUUAGUAGAAACGGGGUUUUGCCGUGUUGGCCAGGCUGGUUUCGACCUCCUGGCCUCAAGUGAUCCACCCACCUCAGCCUCCCAAAGUACUGGGAUUACAGGCAUGAGCCACUGCAUCCAGCCUGAUGUUUAAAUAAUUUCUUCAGAGUUUCCUGAAGUGUGGCCUAUGGAGACUAGCAUCAGAAUCACUUUAGGAGCUUAAAGAUGUAGAGAUAGGGAUAGGGCCUGAGAUUCUGACUUUUUUGUAAGCUAUCCAGAGUUUGAGAGCCAUGGCCUAGUUCUUGGAAUAUAAAAGUGUAUCUGCUCUUGUAUGGGAGGUAGGGAGUUACUUCAUUCAUUCAUUCUUCUACAACAGUAAUUUAAAAGUUAGGAGUUGGUAUCUUCAUAGACAGAAGAAUACAGGAAUCCUCUUCUCAGGAUGUCUGUCUGUACACAGCCAUGGUAUAUGGUAGACCAAGUUUGUCCAAUCCAUGGCCCGUGGGCUACAUGCAGCCCGGGACGGCUUUGAAUGCAGCCCAACACAAUUCAUAAACUUUGUUAAAACAUGAGAUUUUUUUUAAAUUUUUUUUAAGCUCAUCAGCACUAUUGUUAGUGUUCAUGUAUUUUAUGUGUGGCCAAAGACAAUUCUUCCAGUGUGGCCUAGGGAAGCCAAAAGAUUGGACACCCCUAUAUAGACCGUAAUUAUCACAUGCCCUGAGAAGGAAGCACAUCAAUGGUGAGGGAGCGUAGAGGAGAGCCUGCCAGAGUUUCCAGUGGGGCCAGGGGUGCUUAAAAAGGGAGGCAGUGAUGUGCUGAGCCAGGAAGGACAGGGAGGACCCCCAUGCACACAGGCAGGGAGGCUCUCUGGUGACCAUCUGCUGUCAGGUACAGUAGUACAGUAGUAUAGUGAGCAGAAGCACUUUUGGCUGAAGUGCAACAUUAGUGAUUGAGGAAGUGCAGGUCCAUAAUAUCUUACCCCAAACCCUGGGGUUCACUGAGCUUCCGAGUUCAGAGUUUUUCAGAAUUGAUGAACACAUCCAGAAGGCCCAUGGGGCAGAUACACCUUAGACAUAUUGAUGAAAGUGGAGUUGGAAUUGGGUUGUGGAAGUAGUAGGACGUGAAUUCUAGGUUUCUUGGAGUGUGGAGUAUGGUGUCUACUAUUUGGAAACAGAGAAGAAUGACAUUAUUAGUUUUAUUUAUAAAAUAGAAUUUCUUCUUUGUAUUAAAAUAGAUUUUUAUAUAGGAAAUUUUCAUUACCUUCAGUAUCAGAAAGGCCCCCAAAUCUGUUUCACCAUUUCCAUAAUAAAUUGUGAAAGAAAGAUUUGAUUGGGAUAUUGUCUUUAAAAAUGAAACCAAAAAGUAUGGGAAAAUACUUUAAUUUUAGAGUUAACCAAAUUUAUAGUUACAAUCAUGAAGCAGGUAUGGUGCUGCUUCAUGAGCCAAGUUCAUAAAAGAAAAAAAAAUCAGAUCUUACUGAGUUCUGUGAGACAGAUCAUUAUUUUUCUUAUUAACAUAUUCAUUUAUUCAGCAAAUGUUUAUUAAGUGCCAAUUAAUGUAUCAGUGGCUGCUUUAGGCACUGGAGAUAUAUGGUCAGUGGGAUAAGGGGAGGUCUCUGUCUUCAAUCCUCACAGAUCUUAUUUUCCAUAAGUAAGUGUACAGAUACGGGCUAUGAAUUAAAUAGAGCAAGAUAAAGAGAUGGGGGUGUGGCUUCAGUUGUGCACACGGUGCCCAGAAAUCUGAUAGCUCCAUCAUGGAGUCCUUCACUUGAGACUUCACAGCAGGAUGUAAAAAGCAACAGCCAGGAAACUCCUCAGUUUUCCCAAAGUCCUCCCUUAAUCUCGUUCAGAGAAUUAUGAAACACUUCCUAUGCCUUCAUCCUUUAUCCCUUCUUCAGUUGAUAACUAAAGGGCUAAAUCUGCCAAGUCUUCCUUUGCCAGUGGUUUUGUGUGAGCAGUUCUCCAACAGCGCCUCCACUAAAAUCCUGUCUUUUGCAAGAUUGAUUUUACAGUUGGUUGGCAUUGUAUGACAGUCUGUGAGUAGGGACAGCCCAAUUUAUGCUUGUUAAUCAAGUUUAUGCUUUUUACAUUGAGUAAUUUUUAAUUACCUAGUGUAAUUUUUAAUAGCACUCCCCUUCAUUUUCAGAAGUGUUCAGUUUGAACAAUAAGUUCGUCAUCUUAUCAGUCAAAGAUUGACCAACAAAGACUGACAGCAGUGGGCGGAGUAUUCAGUAGGGUUAGAUGUUUCUAAGUGGUCAGUGCUUUCAUAAACAUUUUCACGUUAUGACCAUUGCCUCCUCACACAAUCUUGUAACUAUGGAGACUUAGAUGAUAAAGAUUCAACUAAGAGGAUCCCUUUAAAGUCUUGGGUACCAGCCAUACUGGCAGCUGUUUUAUAUGAGGUUCUUUAUGAUUAUAAUUUGGACAUGAACAUGGAGUGGUCCUGCUUCAGCAAGAAAUCAGGCUAAUAACCAUUAGCAUCCAGUGUGGGGAAAGGCGGGGGCUGCUCUGAGGAGUGUUGUGUGGCACAGGGCACAUGAACACCAGAUAGGUCCUCAGACAGUGCCCUUAGCAUCCAGUGGUUUUUGGCAUCUAGCAGGGAGUAAAAGUAUCUCAUAGAUUCUUUAAGUGUAAACACUGAGGACACACUUAACGUUUUAAAAGAUUGAAAUCCAGACAGGGCUGGGGUGGACUCUAAUCUGUUUCCUUCUCUCUCUUUAUGUGUUAUAACUUGGAUUCUUCAUUCCCCAAGAUGACCUUGUUUAUAUAAUUCUCCAAUCUUAUUUAAAACUUUUAUAUGAGGACCAUGGCUCAUACUCCACAGCUUUCCUUCUCUCAAGGAGCUGGGACUGGUUAUUGUGAUAAAUGAAGGAAAAGAAAAGAAA